CCUCAGCAUGGUAGCCGAAGAUAUAAUGCGGCCCGCCUCCUGCUUGCCGAUAUUCGAAGACCCUCCUCACAGAACAAAAGUUAUCCUAAUCCUGGCAAUGGCCCACACAACACUUAUCAUCGUAGAAUGUAUGGUUGUGAGCUCUAUUCUGAGUGCUGGUCUAGGAGUAUCAGCUGCACAGUUUGAUGAUCAGUUCGACCCUUUUGAUGACAGCUUCUAUGAACCUGGUCCGCCAUACUUGGGUGAUGUUGUCAAGAAUGUGCCUAGAGUGGGCCGCAGGAACGAUUUCUUCCUGAAGGCGGCUAAGUCUGUUCCCAGGAUUGGCCGAAGGAGUGACGUCGAAUCAGCUAGUGACUCAACAGACAUCUUCAAUCCUACUCUCUCCAAACAUAUCCCCAGGAUUGGGAGACGUAAUGACUUCUUCCUGAAAGCAGCCAAAUCCAUUCCCAGGAUCGGCAGGCGGAAUGAUUUUUUCCUUAAGGCAGCAAAGUCAGUUCCUCGGAUAGGACGGCGAGAUGAAGAAAAUUCAGUCCUCACCAAGCGCAAUGCUCUCACUAAUGGUGUGGAAGGUGGUGAAGUGGCAGCUUGGCCAUGGUUUCGGAACCCAGAUCUCAUUCCAAGAGCUUUCAAGAGGAGCGAAUCUCCAGUGGAACCUGAGGCCAGAGAAGUAGACCACGGGCUAGUCGUCUAUGAGUUGAAUCUCCACAAAGAAAUGGAGGAACCGAGAUUGCAAGCUGAAGUUUAACUACUAAUACCUGCUUUAUAUUUAUUUUGUUCCUGUGGUUAGACUGGAAAUAAAAGUAUUAAAUUGUA